AUGGGCAAUUCGAAGGUAUCGAUGAUGGUGGAGGCACUCUGCCAGAGUGGCAGAGAACCUUGCAGUGGUCAUAGACCAUAUGAUUGGCCGUCACCCUCUUGUCUUUCCGACCACCCAGACGAACUCCUGGUCGGAGUUCUCCAUCGCCGCCGCGAUCUCGUGCAGCAGAGGGAUUUAAAAUCUUCGUUCUCAGAGAGGAGAGUAGAAAAACUGAGGAGCAUUGUUUUUGUUGGAUCUUUGGAGGCUCUCUUUCAUUAUUCGAAUGAGAAGGUAGAGAAGUUAGUUGGCGGUGUGGAUGGUAGUGCGCGGUGGAGGAAGAGGUGGCAUAUUGGUGGCAUGAUAAUGAGUGGAGUGGGAUGGUGGUGGCGGUGGUGCUGGUGUGGAGCCAAACCUUAUUCACUUGCCUUUAGCUUUCUUAUUAAGCUAAAUUUAUCUCUCUCACACCAUCUCCCUAAUCUACACUCUACACUCACGGUUCCUUCAAGUUUUCAAAAUAAUUUCCAAAUCCAGAAAGAGAAACAAGAUUUUACCAACAAGAUCACCAACAUCAAGUUCCAUGGCCAUACUGUCGAUCCACAACGACUUGUAGACAUGGAGCAGCAGUUGCAGGAUGCCUUAGCGGAGAUAGCACGUCAGAAGGAGGAGAUGAGGCAGAAAGAAGAGCAGACCGAUGCUCGAUUUGAGGCUCAGCAGCGUAUGCUCGACCAGAUAUUGGCUAGGCUUCCACCUGGAUCUACGGGACCCACUCCACCCACCGGAGCUUCAUCUUGAUUAUUAUGUUGUGUUUCUGUACUUUGAAUACUUGACUAUUUCUAUUAUGUUUCUUAACACUUGAAUAUUUUGUUAUGUUAUGACUAUAUAUGAAUGAUAUUUUAGAAUUUUAAUAUUUUAUUGA